AGUAAUGUUUGUCCAAAGAUGGCUCUCUUACUUGGAGGGAAGUCAUGAAUAGUUCAACUAAGUGAUUUCAUAACAGAAAAAGCUUUUCAUAGGCUGGUGUGGUUGAUGCAGAUCUACAAUCCCAGCUCUUGUGAGGCAGAGACAGGUCAGUCUUAGGCUGUAUGGCAAGAUCCUACCAAAAAAGAAUACCAUAAAUAGCACUUUCUCUUCUCUUUUAAUUUUUAGAUUUACUUAUUUUAUUCUAUGUGUGUGAACGCAGAAAAGGAUGUUGGUGCUAGAGAUGGAGGUGAUUGUGGGAUGCUGGAUGUGGGUUCUGAGACUCAAACUCAGGUCAUCUGUAAGAAGUGCGUUCUAUUAACCUCAGAGCCAUCUGUCCCACCCCCCAAAGAUUUAUUUUUAAUUAUAGGUAUGCGUGUGUAUGCAUAUGAGAGCAGUUACCAGCAGAGGUCCAAGCCAUUGGAUUCCCUAAGAGCCGGAGUUAGAGACAGUUGUCAGCUGCCUGGCAUGAGCACUGAGAACCUAAUCUAAGUCACAUACAGGAGUAGUACACACUCUUAACCACUGAUCCAUCUCUCCAGCCUUCCUCUUCCUGUGGUCUCUCCGAUGUACACAUGGUCUUAUGCAGGCUGUAAAGAGCAGUACGAUGCAGAUGCCCUAUUCCUGGUCCCUGCCAUUCCUCCUCUUGCUUGCCUCAUCCCUUGCCAUGUGCCGCAUCCUGUCAUCACAGGACUCGCCAUAGACCAGAAAGCUUAAGGGCUGGCUCUGAAAUAUCCGUACAGAAUGGAGCAGAUGAGGUCACUUCCUCGGUCGUAAGGAUUAGGGGCAGUGGUGUGAUGAAGAGGAAAUUCUAAGUAAUAAUGAGAAUGAUGGGGAAGCAUCUGGGCUGGCUAGUUUUAUGUUGACUUGACACACGGUAGAAUUAUGUGGAAAGAGGGAUCCUCAAAUGAGAAAAUGACCCUGUCAGACUAGCCUGUGGGCAUGCUUUGUUCUACACUUGGGUUGGGUUAUAUCCCCCAGUGACGGACCGUGAUGUGGAAGCAUCAGUUGAAAUAAACUCUUUACUCCACAAGUUGCUUUUGGCCAUUGCGUUUUAUCACAACAAUAGAAACCCUAAGACAGUGUCUUAUCUGAGUUCAAACAAAGUGGCCAUCUGAACUAGAUAUAUGUGCAGGAGAAAUGUCUCUUCCAUUUUCGGGGGGAGAUGGGUGUCCUUAACUACUGGUGCAUAACUUGGGAUCCUGGACUCAGCUUUCUUCACUAAGCACUUUAUAGAACCCUAACCCUAAGGUAUACAAGCUGUGUACUUUGUGGUUUCCUGGACUCAAUAUCUCUAAUUUGCAAUUAAUUUUUAAUGGAACAAGUGACCCAACUAAGAGCUGCUGCUUAUGCUAGGUACCUUAUGCUCUUUUUAACCACUAUAACCGUGAGCUGUCAUCCCUUUUAAACAUGACACAUAUUUCCUCAUGUCCAUCAUUAAAAAUGUUAUGAGAUUCGAAAUUAACUCUUAAUAUGUUUGUCUUCAUAAAAACACUCUCCCAUAUUAACUAUUAGAGAUGUAUAAACACUAAUUCCUGACUCCAUUUAUAUAAUUUUAAUGUUCUCUGAGCAUUUGUUAUUUGUGUAUUCUUUAUAUUUUUGAGGAAUGUUUAAGUACCAAAAACUGAGGUUACACUGACUAUGAUUUCUCUAAUUCUAUUCCUCUAAUACUCAGAAAAUACUUUUAAAGCAAACCAGAUUAUAUAUUUCUUUUCUUUUUUUAACAGUGUCUUGCUAUGUACCCCCGGCUGGGCUCAAGCUUUUUAUUCGCGGUGUUAGGAUUACAGGAGUGCACCACCACAUCCAGUACCUUUCUCAAACAGCUUCUCUCUAUGUCUUUACAUGAUUUCCAUACUAUAUUCAAGCACUGUAGGGCCACAGAGAUCAACUCCUUACAAUCUCUAAGUUCUGUCUAAGGACAGCGAUGGGGGUCUAGGUUUUAUUUAUUUAUUUAUUUAUUUAUUUAUUUAUUUAAUGUGUGUGGUACUUUGCUUUCAUGUAUAUCUGUGCAUUAUAUUGUGUCAGAGGCCCCUGGAGGCCAGAAUAAUGUGUCAAAUCAUCUGGAUUUACAGAUGGUUUUGAACUGCCAUGUGGGUGCUGGGACCCAUAACUCAAACCUGGGUCCCCUGUAAGACCAGCUAGUGCCCUGAACCACCAAGCCCUCUCCAGCCCCAAGGUUUGUUGGUUUGUUUUCGUUUAAUUGUUGGCUUGCUUAGAGACAGUGUCAUUAAGUUCAGUUCUAACUUUUGAGCUCACUGGAGGGAUUUAAUGGCCUGGAUAUAUAGAAUGCAUUACGAGUGCUUUUAUUUAACCAAGACCCACCUUAAUCUUCAUUAUUUAGAACAAACUUUAUAUAUUUUUGACUAGUUAAUAUAUUCCCUUGGUUCUCAAUUCGAAAGAUACAAAAGGAUAUUGUGAAUCCCAGUGUUCAAAAAUAAGACCACUAUCACGAUUUAAAGCCAAAUUUGAAGCAAGCUUUAUUUAGUUAAAUACUGGGCAGGAGGUUAGAUCUCUGGCCACGUCCAUCUCUGUGUCCCCAGAAAAUGGCCACGGAUCACACUUUGCAGAGACUUAAAAAGGCAACUCUGCAAGGCCACCAUAUUUCCCAUCAGGUCCAAUGAGGGGCAAGCAUCAGUCCCGAUGUAUCUUUGUACCUCCCACCCGCAUCCAAUCAGAGACAAGAGUCCCUCCUGCUGAAUUUCCUGCCCACACACCUCCACCCUCAUGUGAUCAGGCACAUCUGGUGCAGGUGCAAGUGGGUCAAACAAGCUUGUUUAGGGAAGUGAAAACAUAAAUAGCCUCCAGCAUGUAACUCAGUUCUCACAACACAUGGCUCCCAGUUCCCUCCCGAAAGCCAGUCUAUAUUCACAGCUACACAGAGAGAAACAUUUCCUAAGUACCGCCAACCAUCCAUCCAUCCAAGAGCUGCAAGCUCUGCACCGAACUCUAAUCUUUUUCAUGGGGUUCAAGCAAGGAGUAGACUUUAGUGGCAAAAAUGGUUUAUCUGAGAGAACCGAGACAGAGCACGGCCAUCAACCGUGAUGCUGAUCAACUCAGGGUUUCAUUAGAAACUCACACUUUAUGGAAGUUUACAGGUUUUACUCUUCUUCAUUCUGUCCACUGGAGUCACAUCUAGAGUUUGUUAUCACAAAUGUUAAGAAAGGAAAUGGUGUCUUUAAUCUGAAGAAAAAGAAUUACUUAACUGUUGCUUCCUAUUUCGAUUAGAUGGUUAAACAGGCUAUUUCUAAAACCCACAGUGUUUACUAUAUGUAUGUGGUAGCGUCUGAAAAUGAACGUAUGAUAAUAAAAACUCUCCACUGAAAAAAGAUCCCAAGCCCUAAAGAAUGCAGACAUGCAUUUGCUCUAUGCCGGGUGGGUAACCAGAGGCUGCUUUGCAAACACAUUGUGGCUUUAGUGCAUCAAAUACAAAUAUGAGGAACAUCCUUGUUCUGCAACAUUUAAUUAGGCUGCUGUGUGCAAGUUAGCUCUGUCUUCUGAGAAUCUAGGAAAGCCAUUUAACUUACUUUAGCAAAAGUUAGAAAUGUGACAAAAGUCAGAAACUCUUGUUGAAUUCCAAAGCUUAAUAAAUAAGUAGUUUUCCUUUUAAAACAUAUCCAAAUAGAGAGGCAGAGGAAGGUGGCUCUCUAUAAGUUCAAGGACAGCUGGUUUACAGAGCAAAUUCCUGGAUAGCCAGAACUACACAAAGAAACCCUGCCUUGAUGAAGAAAACAAACAAACAAACAAACUAAAAAAAAAGAAAGAAAGAAAGAAAACCACACAACAACAAAAGGAAAUGUACAUGUAGAUAUAUAUCAUGAAGUAAAACCAAGGUAGCUGCUCCCCAGUAUUCUUUGUUUUUUCUCUUUCUACAAUACUGUCCUUAGUUACAAGCAGCAGAAACAAACUACAGAAAAUUAAAACAGAAAGAAACCUAUUCAAAGCCUAUUGGGUAGUUGUCAAUCAUGUGAGGAAGACUAGAAAGUCAGGAUCUGCAGUUACAUAACUGGAAAUGGCACCUAAAUCUGGUCAUAGAACAAGUUCUGAGAGGCCACCCUCUGGCUUUGAACAUUUUUUAAAAUUUUUUAAUAUUUAUUUUUGUUUUUAUUUACGUGUAUGUGUGUGGAAAUGCCCUGAAGAAAAUGAAAAGGGCACUAGAUCCCCUGUGCUGCAGGUCUAGAUGGUUGUAAGCUGCCAUGUGGGUGCUGGGAACUGCACUCAGGCUCUCUGCAAAAGUAGCAAGUGCUCUUAACAGUUGUGCAUGUGCACAGCCAUCACUUACACCACAGAGCAGCCACCGAACAGGCUGGCAGCCUGUCAGCAGGCCAGGGUGCUUCCGAACCACCAUUACUUGGAUAAUCACAAGGUCCGCCGUUACUUUUUGGUUUCUAAUGUUUUUUUUAACAAAAUGAAAUACAAUAAUAAAACAAAACCACCAUACCAAAAUUAGACAAAACAGACCCAUAGUAAAAUAAAAGAAAGAGCUUCAGGAGAAGGCACAAGAAUCAGAGACACACUGUUUUUCACAUUCAGAAGUCCCAUAAAAGUACUAAACUGAAAACUAUAAUGAAUAUGCAGAGGAACUGGGACAGGCCUGUGUAGGCCCUGUGGUUGCUGCUUCAGUCUCUGAGUUCAGAUGAACUCUGUUCAGGUGGCUUAGAGAGCCUUGCUCUGCUGGCAUCCUCUGUCUCCACCAUUCCCUCUAGCUCCUCUUUUGUGGGAUUCUUUGAACUCUCAGGGAAGGGAUUUGACAGUAAUGUCUCAUUUAAAGCUAUGUGUUUUAAGCUCUCUCUCUCUCUCUCUCUCUCUCUCUCUCUCUCUCUCUCUCUGUGUGUGUGUGUGUGUGUGUGUGUGUGUGUGUGUGUGUGUGUGUGUGUGAUAAUUUCUAGCUGUAGAUCUCUGUAUUUUUUUUUCCUGUCUGCUGCAAGAGACAGCAUCUCUGAGCUGGUUGAAUACCCAUGAAUGUAACAGAAUGUCCUUAGGAGUCACUUUAGUGUUACUGUUUUUUAAGACUAGUAGUAUCUGGUUUUACCCUAGAUUUCUGGGUUAUCUAGACUCUGGUUCUUGGUUACCCUAGCAAUGUACGCAUAUGUUCUAACUGGUAGAAUGGCAAGUCAGAUCAGACAUUGGUUGGUUGCUCCCAGUGUUUGUUGCUAUGACUUGGCGUGUUUUGAAGGUGGACAGAGUGCAGAUCCAUGGUUUUGUGUUUGAACUGGUGUUUACUCUUCUCUUCUGGUAGCAGAGUACAUUUCUGUGUCCUAGACACAGGGCCAGAACGAAAUUACGGAAAUAAUUGGGUUGACCACAUUCCAAGUACAUCUUUUUCUGGACAGUUGCUGUCCACAAAGGGAAGUUUGUUUGAUUUCUCAAGUGGACCAGUCCAUUAAUGAAACCAGACAUCGCUUCCUGCUUUGUUCACUCCAGGUCAGACCGAGAAGGUUCCUGCUUCUUUGGUUUCUGCAAAGUUUGUGAGGCAGAAUGAUAGCAGAAUUCAGAUCCACAUCAACCUCCAUUUGUGUUGCCUGCUUUUAAUAAAAAAUAUUCUGCAUCUCAUUGCUAAUGUGCACGUAUUAUUUCUAGUGUGUUUACAUCUACUUUCUGAAGACAAAGAAAGGAACUGUGAUCCUGAAAUAGAAUACAUUUGUUUGGACUGAAAAAUUAAACCUUUGAGUUUGUGGUCCACCAUAGCAUACUGGUUUGUUUGUGGGUUUUUUUCCCAAGGGGGAAAAAAUGGAAUCUUCGGUUGUUGUUUUGUUGUUAGAGAUUUCUUAUUUGUGUAUUUAUUUACUUGUUUGAUUGUUUGCAAACCUGGAUGUCAGUGAUUGAUCCCAGAGCCUCUUCUAUACCGAGCAACCAAGCUCUUUAUUGCGAAGUUCCACCCCAAGUGAAUUAUCUGGGUUUUUUUUUAGUUUCCAUAAAAGAGAAAAAUAAAUCAUGUUUGGAAACAUACAGGAUUAGAUCUUGUCAGAGGUGCUCAUUGGUUUGGGUGUUUGUUGUUUGGGGAAAUUGAAAGACCAGCUGCUGUCCAGUGUGUAGUCCACUGUCUCUUGUAAGAAGAGGUCGUGUGCAUCAUACUUUUAAAAAACAUUUUACUGAUUCUUUAUGGAUCUCACAUCAUGCACCCCAGUCCCAUUCAUCUCCCCUCUCAUAUUCAUCCUCCACCCUUGCAACCUCUCCCUCAAAAGUAAACAAAAAAUAAAGAUAACAAAACAAACAAAAAACAUCUGCAGUGUGUCACAAUGUGUCCAAACAUCUUUACUUGCAAAUGUUCACUGCAGUGGGUCAUUGAUCUGUUUGGAAGCCUCUGACUUCCCCUUCACCGUCAAUACUGGAUCCUCAUUGGGACUCCACUGGGAUAUCCUGUUGUUGCCCUGUGUCAUGGAGAUGCUGCAGUUUUGGAUUUGCUGGGCUGACCCCUUCAUGUGCUCCAACAGUUCACAGAUGGGGUAGAGGUUGGGGUGGGCCAAUUCGGAGCCCUGGAUCUGGACCUAAGCGGUAGCUGAGCUGGUCAAUCUGCCAGCUCUCAUGCACCCACACCAUCAGGGCAAGCCUUCUAGCACUGCCUCUGCUAGUUCACCCAAGCGUCACAGCCAGCAAGGGGUGGGGCCAGCUCUCAUGCUCUCAAGUCCUCGAGACCUCUUGUCUGCUGCAGGUGGUGAGGGAGGAGAAGAGCAUUUCUCCCACGCUCUGUUCCCCUGAAUGCUGCAGCCAGCUAGAGGAGGGGCCAGCUUUCCUGUGUGCCACAGACAGUGAGGGGCUAGGCCAAUGCUGCACAGCCCUGGGAUAUCAACUUGGCCCCAGGUAGCAGGACAGACUAGGAACGUCAUUCGCGUGGCCAUUGAGGGUAACAUGGGCCAUGGACAUCAACAGAAACCCCUGCAUCUGCAAGGCCAUGGACCACAACAUGGCCCUCGGUGGUAUCGCAAGCUGGGACGUGACCAUGGCCUCAGGUGGCAGCAAAGACUAUUCCAGGCUGCUGACAUCAUGCUGUUCCUCACCUCCCUCACAUUUCCAGUUCUUCCUCUCUUCAUAAUGCUCAAACCAUUCCACUUCUCUUUUUCUCCCAUCUCUCCACAGCCGUGGGUGCUUUCUGCCUGCCCAUGCCACCUGCCAUGUGGUAGCAAGUGGACCUCUGGAAAAUUUUAAUCUUAUAUAUGUCCAACCAUGAUUUAUUUAUGGUUUUAUUUAUCUAACAGCAUCUGUCUUAGUUAGGGUUUUCAUUGCUGUGAAGAGACACCAUGACCAAAACAACUCUUAUAAAAGACAUUUAAUUAUUGGGGCUGGCUUACAGUUCCAGAGGUUCAGUCCAUUAUCAUCAUGGCAGAAAGCAUGGCAGCAUCCAGGCAGACAUGGAGCUAGAGAAGGAGCUGAGAGUUCUACAUCUUGACCCAAAGGCAGAAGACUUUCUCUUUUGUGCUGGGUAGAACUUGAGCAUAGGAACUCAAAGCUCACCUCCACAAUGACAUAUAUCCUCCAAUAAGGCCAUACAUACUCCAACAUUGCCACAUUUCCUAAUAGUGUUAUUCCCUGGGCCAAGCAUAUCCAAAACACCACAGCACCUGACAUACUUGGGCAUAGCUAAACAACCUGUCUUGUUCAGAAUGCUUGGGGAGGAGGAUAUCGUGUAUGAAGGCAGAACGAUGCCUUCGCUUACAGACACCCUCUCUUUAAAAAAUAUUUAUGUAUUUGAGUGUGUGCACAUGUGAGUACACACAUGCACACAUGCUAUAGUGUGCAUGUGGAGGUCAGUAGACAGUUGAAGGGAGUUGGUUUUCUCCUUCCAUCACGUGUGUCCCAGGUAUUGAACUCAGGUCAUUAGAGUUCGUGGUAAGUGUGUCUAUCCAUAGACCCAUCCUGGGGCCCAUAGAUAUUAUCUUCCAGAGAGAUGCCUAUUCUGUGAUGCAUUCUGUCUUAUCAUUAAGUUAACGGGUACUAUUAGUUGACAUCUGCAGGGGCAGCAGGCUAUCUCUGCUACUGCAAGAGGCAAAAAAGUAGCUUGGUUCAACAUGACUGAGUAGCCAGUGUUGGUUGAAAGUUCAAGAGUUCGAACCUGAGUAGUUUACUUUAGGCAUCUUUUAAGCGCACCACAGCUUAGUGAAAUUUUUUUCUGGUGACAAAUAACUCAAUCCUAUGUGUACAAGAAAAAGUCAUAACUCCACUUGAACUCCUUGUAAAAAUACAUGUGAUGGCUUCCAUAAAGAUGGGUUCUCUAGAUGGACUACAUGUGACACUGUCCAUAGAGAUUCUCUAUCUAGACUCUCUAGAUUGAUAAGCUUGUGAUAAGGAUCAUUAAGUGUGGUCUCAGCCACAUAGAUAGCACAAAGUCUCAGCCACAUAGAUAGCAUUUAACAUUCCUAGUUCUCUUACUGCUUAUCCAUAAGCACAAGGGCUGCUGUGCCUCCCACAGGCAUGUGCAUGCGCCUUUCCCCACACAAUCAAGGACAGAACUCUCUCCUGCCACCACACCUCAAGCUACUAAAAGAACACAAAGUUUAUCAAAUGGUGGACAUGUGGUUACAAUAGCACAAUUGAAACUAUUUCUCCCUGCAUUAGAAAUGAGCCUAGGAUGUCAUCUGUGUCCAUUGAUAAAAAACUAGGAAACAAAGUUCAAGUGCCAAAAAAAAAAAAAAAAAAAAAAAAGCAGGGGGAGGGGAUAGCAGAUUUGAAGGCAUUUCCAAAAACUUAAGAAUCUAGCUUCACAGAUAACAAAGUUUUCCAGUCACUUCUGAUUUUCUUCUAUGCUACCAGCUAUUUUGCCACCCUCCCUUGUUAUUACUUGCUGCAGAGUCUGUAUGUAUGCACAGACUCGAGACCUUUUUCUUUAUCAUCAGAGGAUAAUUAAUAUUCUGGCCUGCUCUUAAUCCUACUUAUCUAUUGUUAUUAUAAAGUAGUUUGCUGUUGAGAUCAACUCAGUUAAUGGGUAAGACCGACUUAUGCCUCUGCGGUUUUGUUUACAUGUUAUGUUUAUUUGCAUUUCGCUUGUCAUUUGUUUGCAUUUAUUGAUAAAUUUAGAGAGAGCUAAAGAGAAUCCAGGGAUUCCAAAGAAAUAACAGACUGCUAUUGGGUGAAUUAUAAUUUUUCUUUCUCCUCCACUAUCUUCUUUUUAAAAAAAAAGUAUAUGGGGUUAGAGAGAUAGCUCAGUGGUUAAGAGCACUGACUGCUCUUCCAGAGGUCCUGAGUUCAAUUCCCAGCAACCAUGUGGUGGCCCACAACCAUUUGCAAUGGGAAUCGAUGUCCUCUGCUGGUGUGUCUAAAGAGUGUACUCAUAUACAUAAAAUAAAUAAAUCUAAGAACUGUAUGCAAUGUAGCUGCUUGUAUUAUGCAUGCAAAUUAUGCACCCCCAAAACUGUUUGCAUGAGAAGGUCCACACGUACCUUCUGGGACCUUGCCCCAGCUUGGUUCUGAUUGGUAAAUAAAGAUGCCAGCAGCCAAUGGCUGGAAAGGACAAGCAGAAGUGGGGUUUUAGGAUUUACCGGCUUUGGGACUAGAAGAAGAAGGAGAUCCACUAUGCCGUGGAGAAAGGGGAGACACAGAGCCUGCCAUGGAGUGGAGUAGCAAGAAGAGUGGUCCAGAAAAUGUGACCCAGAUGGCUGACUAAUUAGCGUUAAGAGCAGCCACGAUGGAACAUAGGAAUUUAAAGAAGACAAGCCCACUCUCUAUGUGUUCAAUGCUGUGACCCAGGAGACCAUGGCCAUCAAGGAGAACAUGUCUAUCCUGGAUAGGAAGGUGUCUGACCUGAGAAUGCUGGUAACUCUGAGCUGUGGCUUCCCUGUGAGUGUCUACUGUCUCCGGACACCAGCGGGACUGGAGAUGUAUGACUGCAACACCCUCAAGGAUUACCAGACGGAUAUCGGCACAACACUUCGUUUGGAUGUCUGGGAUGGAUGGAAGGAAUUUCUCAUGGGAUGUCUUCUUGGGCAAAAACCUAAAGUCCAACGCUACUUAUCAAAAGAAGGACCAGUCCUCAAGUACCAGAAAAGGGUAGCCCUGUACAUCGCUGCUUUUCAUGGACACACUGAGCUUACUGAGUGGGCUCUGAAGCAGGGUGCGCAGCCCCAUGAGGCAGUGGGCGUUCACCCUUGCCGAGCAUGGUGCCACGAAGCCCUUCACACAGAUGUCUCUAACUGUCCUAUUCAUGCGGCUGCAGAAGCUGGCCAGCUGUUAAUUCUGAAGGCCUUUGUCAACUUCAGUGUCCUGUGCCUGGAAUGUAAGAACGCGGCAGGGCAAUCUCCCCUGGCCAUUGCGUCGAAACACCAGCAUAAAGACUGUGUGCUGUAUUUACUGAGCAAAAUAUGGUCCACUGUUUCUUUUCUAAAACUUUCGGUCCCAAUGAGGAUUUAUAUUAAAAUAAAGCAAUGGAUUCUCCGAGCUCAGACUCGUCGGUGCCAUAAAAGCCAGCCUAGCAGAGCCAGGGUCUCUGGGGCAAAGGUUGGAGACACUGUGAUGGUGGAUGGUUUCACCAAGCCCAAAAUGACUUCCAAGAGCUGGUACAAGGCUGAAGACAAGAGUUGGCAUACCGCCCAGAGUAAACUACCACCCUGCAAGCAACAGCCAAGCAGGAAACCUAUUGGUUCCUUACCAAUGUCACAGCACGACACCAAAAAACAAAUCUUCACAUUUCCAUCCUUAGUAGAUGCAAAGAACUUUUCAGAAGUGCAAAGUUAUCAACAAGAAAACCAGAAAAAAAUCGCUGCCCCGGCUAGAAAAGAAAAGAACAUCAAAAAUCCCUAUCUCCCCCAGGUCCCUCUCCCUCCAGUUUCAAGAGUGCAUUAUGCACACCCACAGUUCUAUUGCACUCCGCCCAGUGGUGAUUGUUUGCUGAGGUCCCUCUUCAAGUCUUUCUCAGAGCACAGUGGGAGGACUCCACGGGAGAAUGCCAUCUACUGCUUAGCUGUGGCAAGUGCCUUUAAAGAGAAGCGAUGGCUUCAGCAGUUAGAAAUAGCAAGAGUCCUAGCCAAGAGAAGCAUUUCUAACCUGACUGUCAAAGGAGGUCCAGCAAAGUGUGAAAACUACCCAGAAAGUGUGCUUUGAAACGUCAUAGCAGCCCUGGUUUGAAUAGAGAUACGGUCAAACGGAAGCUCCAGUUCUAAUGGCAACACAUCUAAUAAUAGUUCUAAUGCUACACAGCUUCAACCUGAGGAGGAGCAUGGUCAACUUCUGUUGAAUGUUUAACAUCGAGCUCUCCUGAACACUGUAUUGUUCAACACUCCCCAGAGCAGCAGAACCCAUGGAAUGAGGAUGUAUUAAAAGGGUUUAUUGGAUCGGCUUACAUGAUGUAGUUUGGAUGGUCCAACAACACGUGCCUUCAGAAUGAAGAACCGGGUACCUGCUCAACCCAGGAGGCUGGAUGAUCCCACAGUUCCAACCUGCUGCCAAAGGUGUGAAGGAUUCUUGGUCCUCCCUCCACAUUAGCAGCCAGAAGAAGAUGGGUUUUUCUAUCAGGAAAGGAUGCAGCAGCAGCAGCAGCAGCAGCAGCAGCAGCAGCAGCAGCAGCAGCAGCAGCGGCAGCAGCAGCGGCAGCAACAACAACAACAACAGGGGAAAUUGAGGCACACAGGCAAGCAGGCAAGAAGCAAAGAGCCCUCUGGGACCUCCUUUACACAUGGCUGCUAUGGUGGUUUGAAAAAGAAUGGGGUUCAUAUGUUUCAAUGCUUAUGGUUUGUUGUUGUUUUGCUUUUUGAGGAAGUGUGUCACUGGGAGUGGGCUUCGAAGUUUCUCAGUCUCUCCCUGCCUAUGAUUCAUAUCAUAGCUCUCAGCUACCACAGCUGUCAUGCCCCUCAUCAGGAUGAUAACGGAUUAAACUUCAGAAACUGUAAGCCAGCAGCCCCCAAGCACAUGCUUUCGUUCAUAUGAGUUGCCUUGCUCCUGGUGUCUCUCCACAGCAACAGGACAGUGCCUAGGAGAGCUGCCAAUAGAAAAUGCCAUUUAAGGUGAACCUACUCACUUUUAAAUAACCCACUCCAGAAAGCCCCUCCCACAAUCCUCAGCGGCUAACUUUUGUCUAGUUAAACCCUCACAGGUAAGCUUUGGAGACGUAUCUCUUAGUCAAUUCCAGAUACAGUCAAGGGGACAUCCAAGGUUAACCAACAGGAAUACAGACAUCCAAAUGGCACCUAAACUCUAAAAAGACAGUACUGUUCUGAUGCCAAAAUUUACCAAUGCAUCGCCCAUCAGGGGGAAUCAAGUCUCAGAAAGAACUCAUGAAAAAAACAAACAAAAGCUCUCACCAGAAGUUGCCUGUGGGGUUAGGAAACUAAGGAAGAUAUAAGAAUGGAAUUUGGGGGGCUGGCUUAGCAGUUAAGAACACUGUCUGCUCUUCUAAAGGUACUGAGUUCAAAUCCCAGCAAGCUCACAGUGGCUCACAACCAUACGUAAUGGGAUCUGGUGUGUCUAAAGACAGCUAUAGUGUACUCAUUUACAUAAAUCUUAAAAAAAAGAAUGGGAGUUUAGAAGUUUUAAUGUAUUUUUUACCUUUGUUUUUCCUGAUUUUGUUUUAAUUCUCUGGAGUUUAAAAGUCAUAUAAAUAAAGAUAUAAUAAGAUAACUUUUACAUAAAAUUCUAUAUGGCAAAGUCCCUGAGAGUGUUACCAAAAGCCCCUAGGUUCAGACAUUUUAACUUCUGCUAGAGCAUCUCUUGCUAUUGUUUUUUUUUUUUCAAACUGAAGUAAAGCUUACAUACAAUGAACCACGUGGAUGUUACAUGUAACAGGUAGUGGGUCUAACUAGGGUGUGACCAUGUAAAGAACACCCCAGUCAACCUGUAGUACAGCUGAGUUACCCCUAGGGGUUUGGUUAAGCUGUUGAAUAAAUCUCAGUCUUGAAGGACAAUGCCCUUUGGACAUUAGUUUCUAGACAGAAGGUUUACAAAGCACUUGGAACACUAUGUUCACUUGAGAUCUAAUGGUGUAUGAUUAAUUUACAUUGUUGCAUUUAUCAAUGGCACUUUUUUUAGGGUUUUGUUUAUUUUUAUGAGGCAUGAUUUAAUAUGUAGUCCUGGAUGGCCUGGAACUAAUUUUGUAGUCCAAAUUACUGAAAAACCUGUGGCAAUCCUCCUGCCUUAGCGUCCCGAAUGCUAGGAGCGGCUACAUGCUAAGAGGCAUGAGCUGCUACGCUCCACCUAGUACUAGACAUUUUUUUUAUUACUUCCUUAGUAGUUAGGAUUCUGUUUGUAGAUGUGUCAUAUUAUCUAUGGACAUUCAUAGAAAUUUAUACUGUCACAUUUCUGAGAUAUUAUGAAUAAAGCAUUUAUGGACAGUGUUA